AUGCUCGGUGCAGCCGUAUUCACCUCUUGUUUAGCCGCCAUUUCUUUGGCCCAAUUUGCGCCAGCACCGUUGUACAGUGCAUGUAGCCCAGCAGUGCCCUGCAUGGGCGGUCUUGCUUGUCAGGCGUCGGUCUGCGUGCCCGUUGCUGCGGCACCAGCUCUCCUCCCAGCCCCGGCUCCAGUUUACGCAGCCCCAGCUCCAGUUUACGCAGCUCCAGCUCCAGUUUACGCACCUCCAGCUCCAGUUUACGCUGCCCCGGCCCCGGUUGCCCCAGUGAUUGCCGCUCAACCACCAGCUUGUGCCCCAUCUUGCAUCGGAGGAGGAGCUUGUCUCGGCGGAGCUUGCCAGUGUGCUGCCCCAGUUGUCUAUUCCCCCGUUGUUGGGUGCGCUCCAGCACCAGUCCCAAUCGCUCCACUUCCAAUCGUUGCUGGACGUCUCAUUCCACAGGCUCUUCCUGGUGCGCCGUGCGAGCCAGGAGUUGAGUGCACGGGAGGAUCGGUGUGCUCUCUUGGAGUGUGCGUCUGCCCACCAGAGCUUGUCCAGGAGGGAACUGUCUGCGUUGCCCGCACCGUGUACGGAGUUGUUCCACCACCAGUCAUUCCAGUUCCAAUUGCGCCAGCCCCGGUCGCGAUGGUCCCCGUUGGAGCUCCAUGUGCCCCAAUGGCUGCUGCACCAAUGCCUCCACCAGCUUGCGUGCCUGGAGCCGUCUGUGGACCUGCCGGAGUCUGUGCUUGCGGAGCUGCCUACACCCCAGUUCAAGGAGCCUGUGUUCGCAGAAGACACGCCAAGCAGGCCGAGAAGGACGAA